GACGAGUGUGGAGCGUGCGCCUGUCGAGUUCAUAAAAUUAGUUAUAAAAACAAAGCGAAAGACAACCCUAAACAACUUGAGAUCUUAUAUUUUUGUAAGGAAUGCGCUCGACCGGAAUCUACUGAGAGAUGACAGACAGUAAAUGGGGGGCAGAUGGGUCGUCACAUUCCUCAUUUGCACCGCAAACUCUCAGUGACAAGAGGUCUAUCUUCGAUUAGGAUCGGGUGGGGAGUGACAAGCUUUUGACUUGAAACUAAUGCAAGGCCAUUAGUACGCUGGCAUCAGUCGUUCUUUCGUACUGUGAGCAAGAGAGAGUACGAAGCCUGCACUCUAUUAGACACACGCUGUAUUUUGGUACUGUAAACAUCGAAUCAAUAAGUCACUGUGGGUGGCCGUAAGUGCUUCUCAGACCAAUAGCGCAUUUAAAGACGCGUGAAAAUCCAACUGGUCCACUUGACGGAGUGACAAGACACGCGCGGUAACCGCUACAGUACAGUACAGCAACAACUUGCAUAAAAAGAUAAAGUCCUACGCUACGGUAAUAAUCGAAAUCUGUAGAGAUAAUGGAACGAUUAACAGGAAAUGCGUUUAGUUCCUUUGGAUUUGAAAAGCUGAGGAUGGAAGGAUCUAAGGGACUUGCUACAGGAAAUGAGUUCAAAGACAACAUACCGCAACACUCGGCUGCCAUAAGCGAGGAACGAAUACACGAACAAAUUCCUCUGGUUUACCACGGAGAGCCUCGAGUACCUGCCUAUUACUGCCCCUACAACCCAGCUAUAAAACCCAACGAUAACAUUCAAGACGAGUUAUUUAACAUGAACGGCGUGAGUCAUCAGAGCAAGCCGUAUCUUACGGAUGAAGUGAAGCCUCCCUUCUCGUAUAUCGCACUCAUAACAAUGUCCAUACAAUCAUCGCCGUACAGAAUGCGUACCUUGAAUGAGAUCUACGAGUUUAUCAUGACGAGAUUCCCGUACUUCAGAAAGAAUCAACAAAAAUGGCAGAACUCCAUCCGACAUAACCUCUCUCUCAAUGACUGUUUUGUCAAGGUUCCUCGCAGUAUAUUUGGUAAGCCAGGCAAAGGGAAUUACUGGACGCUGCAUCCUUCAUGUGGAGAUAUGUUCGGCAGUGGAAGCUUUCUUAGAAGACCCAAGAGAUUUAAGUGUAGAAUCCCACAAAGUUCCAACGAGCCUGCACAUAUCAGCAAAGUAGAUUCGUACCAUCAUUUCUCGCUCUACGGCGGUUCAUCGUGGCCCUAUGUUGCCACAUCACAACCAUUGGUAAGUCCUCGCCAAAUAAGUCAUCUUUACGGCGUUACUAACAGGGCUGAUGUACGACAAAUCGAGCUCAAAUACUCUCCAAGUGUUGUACGACCGAGAGCUUGUUAUCCCGUCGAAGAAUAUCAUCACCAACACACCACAAAAUCGAAAACAAGAGGGUUUUUUAUCCAAGACUUGAUGGAAUCGUCCUCGGAAUUGCGCGACAGAGACAGUGACUAUGAAAAUGAACAAUACUAAAGACACAUUUAACUCGUCUCUUGAAGAUUAUAAAUAUCUAUGAACUGUUAGACUUUGUACGCUAGAGUGAAAUGACACAACGUAAACAGAACAACUCUCUCUCUUCUCCGUGUAUACACACUGUACAAUGUACUUGUGAAGCUCGAGUUAAGUCUAUUAUAAUUUAUCAACUUAAAUUGGUUAACUUGUACAAUUCAUUAAGAACUUCGCGUUUUCAUUGAUUAUCAAUAUUUAUAGUUCAUUUUGAGGAAUCUCUGAACUAGUUCUGACAAAGGCUUUAAGCUUUACUUGUCAAAUUCAUUAGUUAAGUAAAUUCAUUCUUGCUUAGUUCAGAGGAUGGCAAACAGUUUGUUAGCUUGUCUUUUAACGAUGCUUUAUGAGGGAGAUUUUGCUAAGCAUACGUCCACUGAAUAAUUCGACAAAAAUUGAAAAGAAAAGGUUAUAGUUAAACGAACAAAGUACUAAACUUUCAAAGUGUCAACUGAAAAACUAGUUUUUCACAGCUUGAAUUUUUAUACCAUCCAAGCGCAUAAAAUAAUUUCUUCAGGUUUAGACUCAACAUUUCACUCUGUUUACUUAUCGUUCUCAAAAAGUAUGUAAACUUUAACGAAGUUUCGUUCAUCUUAAGAAGUUUUUAAAAUUUCCUACGGUAAAAUCUUUUAUCUAAUUGUUUUGAUUUCAUGAUAAAUGUAAAAGCUUAAGAGUCUAUCAUGGCGGUGGCAGAGAAGCUAAAGUAGUACGUGGAGCUGGACUCUUGACUACAUGUCUCUUGAAGCAGACUAAAGCUAGCUGCCAUCUUCGUAUAAAAAUUAUAUAUUUGUUAUUAAGAUUAUUGUUCAAAGAAUGAAAUGUUUGAUGUAAUAAAGUAUUUAUAGCCAUU